UGAAAAAAAUCCAAUCAAUCUGUCACUGUUCACUGAACAGAAGGGAAGUGCGUCGAAAAAAAUUAUCAAAUAAAAUCGCACGACCACGUUUGCAAGACGUAAUAUUUCGGGUGUAAAUUGGAAUUAUGAUAUGACAAAUACUAAGUGCUUUUAAAUUUAUAUUUCGGUAAAUAUAGUGUUGAACAAUGGCUGUUGGCGGAAGGUUACGACGAUUUCUACCUGCCUUCUUGGAGUGUUUGCUUCUUUUGCAAUUAGUGGAAUACAUACCGUCAGCAUCGGCGGAAGGUCACUGCGUGUGGUACGGUGUGUGUACCAACGCCACAGAAUCCAAGCAGCUCAACUGUUACUAUGAUGGACCGGCGUUACCCGUUGAGGAUGCGGCGAAGGACAUCCUCAAAAAGUACUGUCCGGACAUCGCCGCCGGCGGCGUGUCCUGCUGCAACUACCAGCAGUUGAACAACUUGAAUGAAAACAUCGGUAUAGCUGAGAACCUGCUGGCGCGGUGUCCCUCCUGCAUGGACAACUUCGUCAAGCACAUAUGUGGCAUGACGUGCGCCGUCGACCAGAGCAACUUCAUCAAGCCGAUCCUCGAACAGUUCAAUUCCACUCACAAGCGUAUUAAAGAGAUUGAUUACCACCUCGGAUCCACUUACAUGGCUGCUACAUUCAACUCUUGCUCGCAGGUGCAAUAUCCGAGUACGAAUCAGCUUGCGUUAGACCUGAUGUGUGGCGACGCCGGUGCGGAGUACUGCACGCCGCAGUUGUGGUUCGACUACAUGGGCGACAAGCAAACGCCGAAGGUGCCCUUCCAGAUCAACUAUAUCGGCGGAGAUGAGCCGGUAGAUGGAUUCACGCCGUACAACCCGCCGACGAGGGCGUGCAAUGUUGGAAUUAAUGGCCAGCCGGGCUGCUCGUGCCUGGACUGCGAGCGCUCGUGCCCGGCGCCGGCGCCGCGCCCCGCGCCGCCCGCGCGCUUCAGCAUCGCCGGCGCCGACGGGUACGCCGUCAUCAUGGCCAUCGUCUUCCUCAUCUUCACCACGCUGUUCCUCAGCGGCGUGUUCUGCUGCAACCAACCGGGGGCUGAUGUCGACGGGUGGCGCGGCGAGCGAGGCGCCGGGCCCGAGGCCAGCCCGCUGCAUCACCGGGCCAGCGUAGCUUCAGAGAACAACCAAGAGAUGUCGUCUCCGCCGCCGGCGGGAGGCUGGGCGGAGGAGCAGGCGGAGGGCGGGCCGGCCGCGGCCUCGCUGUUCGAGAGGCUCGGCGCCGCCACCGAGACGCACCUCGAGGACUUCUUCCAGUGGUGGGGACUCAACAUGGCCUCCAGGCCGUGGCUCGUGCUGUUUAUGGGUCUGUGCGUGGUGGUGGGUCUCGGCCACGGCAUCCGCUACUUGGACGUGACCACCAACCCCGUGGAGCUGUGGGCCUCGCCCAACUCGCGCUCGCGCCUCGAGCGGGAGUACUUCGACUCGCACUUCGAACCGUUCUACAGAACCGAAAUGCUGAUCAUCAGCUCUAAGGGUCUGCCGAAGAUCGAGCACACCACCCCCGCCGGCGACACCAUCACCUUCGGACCCGUGUUCAACUCCACCUUCCUCAAAGACGUACUGGACUUACAGAACAAAAUCUUGGCAUUAGGCAAUGAGACAGGCAUCGAAGACAUAUGUUUCGCGCCGAUAACGUCGCCGUUCCGCGGCCCCACGGAGCCCAAGGACUGCGCCAUGCAGACCGUGUGGGGUUGGUGGCAGAACGACAUCGACAACUUCGAGGAGGACACGUAUCUCGACCACGUGGCCGUUUGCGUCGGCAACCCGUACAACCCCGACUGCCUGUCGGACUACGGCGGGCCCGUGCUGCCGGCCGUGGCGCUGGGCGGCUUCCUGGCGCCGGCCGAGCCGCUCAGCAAGCGCGCGCGCUACCACGACGCCACCGCGCUCAUCAUCACGCUGCUCGUCAACAACAAACACGACCCCAAACAGCUGGCACCAGCACUGGAAUGGGAGAAGGAGUUCAUACAAUUCAUGAAGAACUACACGGAGACGCAAAUGCCUCCCUACAUGGACAUCGCUUACACUUCAGAGCGAUCCAUCGAAGACGAGCUUGAACGCGAAUCGUACUCGGACAUAUCGACUAUCCUCGUCUCUUACUUCAUCAUGUUCGCGUAUAUCGCCAUCUCGCUCGGACGUUUUACUGGAUUCUCGAGGUUGCUUAUCGACAGUAAAAUCACACUCGGUCUUGGAGGCGUCCUUAUCGUGUUGGCAUCUGUGGUGUGUUCGAUCGGCGUGUUCGGUUUCGUCGGCGUGCCGGCCACGUUGAUCAUCGUCGAGGUUAUCCCGUUCCUGGUGCUCGCCGUCGGAGUCGAUAAUAUCUUCAUUCUGGUGCAGACUAAUCAGAGAGACGCCAGGCGGCCCAACGAGUCUGUCGCUGAGCAUAUUGGAAGGACGCUGGGCCAGGUGGGUCCGUCGAUGUUCCUGACGUCGGUGUCGGAGGUGGUGUGCUUCUUCCUGGGCGCGCUGUCGGACAUGCCGGCCGUGCGCGCCUUCGCGCUGUACGCCGCCGUGGCGCUGCUCGUGGCCUUCCUGCUGCAGGUCACCUGCUUCGUGGCGCUGCUCGCCGUCGACACGCACCGCCAGAACGCCAACAGAUUUGACAUUUUCUGCUGCGUGCAAGGCACUAAAUCGGAGGUGGUAGAAGGGUACGACGGCACGCUGUACAACCUGUUCAAACACUUCUACGUGCCGUUCCUGAUGAAGCGAGAGGUCCGCGCUUCCGUCAUGAUCAUAUUCUUCGCUUGGCUGUGCUCUUCUGUCGCUGUGGCUCCGCACAUAGACAUCGGUCUUGAUCAGGAGCUGUCGAUGCCGCAGGACAGCUUCCAGUUGAAGUACUUCCAGCACCUGACGCGGUACCUGAACAUCGGGCCGCCGGUGUACUUCGUCAUCACCGAGGGGCUUGACUAUUCCGACCGAGGGACGCAGAACAUGGUCUGUGGAACUAGAUUCUGUAGGCCGGACAGUGUCGCCAAUCAGCUGUAUGCUGCUUACCGACUACCAAACGAAACAUACAUAGCGCAGCCGCCGAACUCAUGGCUCGAUGACUUCUUCGACUGGGCUUCUAUCCCGUCCUGCUGCAACUAUUUCCCCACCAACAGCAGCUUCUGUCCCAGCGAUAUCGGCAGUCGCGGCGGCUGCAUGCACUGCAACAUCUCGCUGACGGGGUUGGACCAGCGGCCCGGCCCGUCAGACUUCUCGCACUACGUGCCGUACUUCCUGCAGGACAACCCGUCGGCCUUCAGCGGCUGCGUGAAGGGCGGCCACGCUGCGUAUGCGCACGCCGUCAACUAUCGCCGAUACAACGCCACCGCCGCCACCGUCGGUGCCACCUACUACCAGGGCUAUCACAGCGUGCUGAAGACCAGCCAGGACUACUACUCCGCCCUGCGAGGAGCCCGCGCGGUCGCCGCCAACCUCACCGAGACCCUCAACAGGAAUCUCAACGAGGGCGGAUACAACACCACCGUCAGCGUGUUCCCGUACUCUGUGUUCUACGUGUUCUACGAACAGUACCUGACCAUGUGGCCUGAUACUCUCAAGUCGAUGGGUAUCUCUGUGCUGUCGAUAUUCAUCGUCACUUUCAUAUUGAUGGGCUUCGAUUUGUUCUCGGCUUUGGUUGUAGUGGUCACAAUCACGAUGAUAGUGGUGAACCUCGGCGGUCUCAUGUACUGGUGGGGAAUCAGCCUCAACGCCGUGUCACUUGUCAACUUGGUGAUGGCGGUGGGCAUCGCGGUGGAGUUCUGCUCGCACCUGGUGCACAGCUUCAGCGUGUCGCGCGGCGCGGGCCGCCUCGAGCGCGCCGCCGAGUCGCUCACGCGCAUGGGCUCGUCCGUGCUGUCCGGCAUCACGCUCACCAAGUUCGGCGGCAUCAUCGUGCUCGGCACCGCCAAGAGCCAGAUAUUCAGCGUUUUCUACUUCCGUAUGUACCUCGGCAUCGUGCUGUUCGGCGCGGCGCACGGACUCAUCUUCCUGCCCGUCAUGCUCAGCUAUAUCGGUUCGCCGGUGAACAAACAGAAACUGGCCAAUCAGAUGCUCCGCGGCAAGGAGAUGGGCGUGGCCGAGACCUCACUCACACGAGCAUAACCCGGCGCCGGGGACGCUGGCGUGUGUUGUCGCGGCGCGGCCCCACCUACGGCAGUCUAGACUCGACGGCGAGCGAGGUCCGACCCUCCGGCAGCGGUCUCAUCAACGGCUUCACCGAGGAGAUGUGACCAGCGCGGCUGGCAGUCGGAAACUGAGAUUUACAUUUGAUUGGUCCUUCACAUCGCAUAGUUCGAAAUUGCCGAUAGAUGGCGCUGUUAUUAAUUGGUGAAGAGUGUCGUUUGAUAUUUUUCAAAUUACAGUUAUACCUAAAUGUCUCAUUAUCUCAUGUUCUCAUUCAAGUAAUUAGGCGCGUCUCACCCCUUACCAGACCUUAAAACAUAAGGAUUUCAUUAAGAGAACGUUAGUGAGAGAUAUUAAUAUAUUUUCCAAUUUUAAUGGAAUGUAGUUAGUAUCGAAAGCAUACAAGAUAAUUGGUUGUUAUGACACUUUGGUUUGACAAAUAUGUGGGUUAGAAUGACUGAUCAUCACCUACCAUUGCUUAAUAUAACGCCUUUGUAAACAAUACAUAUCUUUAUAAAAAAAUCAAAUGUAAAUCUUAGUUUUGACGGAUUUAGCAAAUUUCUUAGGUAAGGACAUUGGUAAAGUGACUUAGUGAAAGUAAGUAAUCCUCAUAUAUUGCCACGGAAGUAAAUGUAAAAGACUAAGGGUAAAUUUACAUUUUUUACUCUUCAACUUUUACCAAAGACUUUUACCUCUGACUUAGAUGAGGUUGUAUCAUUGGAAAGGUAAAGCAUAUAAAUAUGAUCCAAAUUGUAUAUAAUUAAUAAACAGCCUAUAGUAGGCAUGUUCAAAUUUCUCUAUAUUAUAAUAUAUAACAUUUAAAACAUUAAACCUUUAAUUCUUAAGACGUCAUACAAUAUGAUAGUUCUUUCCAGCUUAAAGCUUUUGAUGCGUUUUUUAUAUCGACGAAUGAAACUAGGUAAUGGGAUUUUAAAGUAACUAGACAUAAAUAAGUGGUUUGAAGACUUCCACUCGGUAUUAUAAGGCUUUAUUACUAUGAAAAUUGUUUGAAAUGACCGCAUAAUAAUGCAAUGAUAAGAAAGGUCUAUGUCGCACCGUGUUGGCGUGUUCUGGAAUCUAGGCUAAUAGAUGGAUAAAAACGGGUAUGUUACAAAUAGAUUUGUGUGAAAUUAGACUUCCACCUAGCUGUCAGGUAGGUAUUUGAAAUAAGGCAAAGAAUUGUUGCUUUGAAAAUGAAAUCGUUUAUGAAUGGUACGGUUAGUAUUAAUAUAAUGGCUUAAAUACAUUUAAAUGAUGAGAAACUAAAGAAUAUUGGUAUUUUGAUCAUUACACAAGCUUUUUAUUAAAUUGUGUAGUUGAAUACUCGGCAAGGCUGAACUAUUAUUUUGCCUGUGCCUUUUAAUGUCAAUUUCUCGCUAAGAUAAAGUGGUUAUUGUUUUAAAAAACGUCUAUAACCCCAGAAAUUGAAUAAUAAAUUAAAUUGUGCGGAUAAUAAUAGGGUUGACUACAUUUCUUGGCUUGAGCAGGCCUUAAUGUUUGUAUAUUCGAGUUGGAAUGCAAUUUAUCGAUAACUUUAUAAGUAAAAUAGAUUUGGGUUUUAAUUAUUUAAGGAGAGAUAAGUACGUGUGUCUGUGCGUUCUUGUUACAGUUGUUGUUGCUAGUUGCGUGUUGCAUGGUACACUAUAUGCAUUGUUCGUUGCGACGAUGAGACCAAAUUUUGUACGCGGUCAGAGACUUUUUAGUAUGGAAGGAUAAUGUUUUUAGUAUCGACGUUAGUUAAAUACCUAGGUAAUAGAUGUCGAGAGACCUAAAAUAUAUUAAAUACAUUUUUUGAUAUUACAUGUUCGUAAAACUAGUGAAAAUUAAUAUCUUCCGAUGUAGUUUUGUUUCUGUGAUAGCUUUUCGUUUAGAUCUUAGUGCAAAGUUUUGUCAAUUAACAUUUAAUGUCAUUAAUGAUUUUUAUCUUUGAUAUUUCUUUGCGCAUGAGUUAUCAUACUAAAGUAUUGAAGACAAAAAUCAAUAAUAAUUUUCAUUGAAUACGUUGCUGACUAAACGGUAACAACUGUGUACCGAUAUCACAUUUUAAUUUAGAUCUCCACUGGUAGUUUCAAGUACCAUUGUAAUGUAAGGCUCGAAAUAUCUCCACAUUAGGUACUAUUUUUCGAAGAUUUUUGUACAUACUCACAUUUUCUUGUCUGUAAUAUCCCGUAGUGUGCAGUACUUAUGAUUAGUGUCAAAUUAGCAGCGACCAUGAGUAAAUUAAUUUAUUAAUACGUAUAUGCUCGUGAUCAUGUUUAAAAUGAUGCCAAUAUGUCUUUCUUUUUUCUUUCAUUAUAUCCACACAAUACUUGCCUCAAAACAGAAUUGUCGCGUUGCAGUCAAAAUAGCACCACCUUCUGCACUUUGCAAGCGUGAUUACAAUAAACAAUCCCAAUCUUAAUGUUCGAUCUGAUGCCGAAAAUAAACCAAUCAAAAUGCGUCAUUUGUUCGCAUGUCAAAAAUACUUUGCUAUGAUUGGUCCAUUUUUGAAAUGGAUUGAAGAAAGCGAUCGGAAUCGCUUAUUAACCACAGCAGUUAGAAAUGCAGAAUUCAUAUUCAUAAUUAAAUUUGAAUACUCUGAAUUGCUUAGAAAUUAGUAGAUAUUGAUUCAUAUUUCUGAAACUGACUUGUGGAUAUCCUAAACUUUAAGGUGUUAGCUAAUUUGCCACUAAUCUAUCUAGAAUCUAGAUUGUAAAAUUAGUUUGUGUAAACCCUUCAUUCGUUAACCUGUAAUUUGCAAACGAAGAUGUAACAGGCAAAGGAGUGUCAUAAAACUUUGCGAAAUAAAGCUGCCGUGUGCGGGACAUAUCUGGUUAUUAUAUUGUAAUACUCUUAUAUCUUCUAGAUGGUAGUUAUUUAAUAUCAGCAAGUUUUGUACGGAUAUUUGCCUGUUUAAGGUAUAUAACAACAUACUUGUCAUAGGGAUUGAUUAUGGAAUUAUUAACAUGAAAUAACAAAACAUUUAUUCGUAAUUAAAAAUAUUAUUUUGCGUUAUAUUCAGUUGCUUUUAUUUCUAUAUUAAUUAUUGGGAAUUCAAAAGUACUUGGUGAUGGAAUUAUUGCGUGAAAUUGAAUUAAUAAAUACAUGUAUUACUUCGUUCCAAAGACACAAAUAAACAUUUAAGACCUCAAGUAAUUAUUUUGAGAAAUGAUAUUAUUUAGAACAUAUUUUAUGUAAUAGAAACUAAAUGUUUGAAUUUGUUACUGUUAUUGUAAAUAACAUUUUAUUGUCAUUUUAUUACUGCAAUGCGUGUAAUGUAUAGCAUGUAAAGAUAAACGAAAGCAUUCAAUGUUGUUUGUAUAUUUCGUGUAUUAGAGUUUCUAAUAAACUAAUUGUAAAACA